ACCUCUCUCACAAACGAGCGCUGAACCACUUCAACAUCGCCGCUCAGACGCAGGUGGAUCCUGGAAGGAGAAACGUGGAGCGUGUGAAACUUGGAUUCAUGGCGGACGGAUGAAGACGGGGAAGAUGGAGAGACGUGUGCGAACCGGAGAGAAGAUAUCAAGGGAACCUCUGAAGGGUUCAAAGGUUAACUCAUAGAGAACCACACAAACACCAUCAGGAGGAUGUUUGGCCUUUUCUUUGAAGCAACAUGGAGACGGCGGCUUUGUUUCCAUCAACUCAUCUUUUUUUUCCUGGCAGCAGCCGCUCCACCCACAGUGGACGGAUAUUUCCUCGGAGACAUUAAGGCAGUAUUAAAUGGCUGUGAAGACCAUUGGGCCCUUCGGGACGGGAUCUCCGUUCCACUCCUUUCCCAGAUGACUGUAUGUGUGAAUAUUCGGGUGGUUGUCCCUGGACCAUGGGUGGCCUUUUCUUACAGCUCAGUCCGGACACUAAACCCCGAUUUAGGUCUCGAAGGGGACGACAAAGCAAUUUAUGGAUGGUUACUCCAAGUCCAGCACCGGUUUCCGUUCAAGAUGUCCCCAAUGGUCUGGCACAGGGUGUGUCUAAGGAGGGACGUACGGAGAAAUAUCUUCAGCCUGGAGGUUGAUCACAUCAUGGUAGCAGAGAGGACGGUCAUUGCUCAGGCCAUCCCUCUGUCUGGUUCCCUGUGGCUGGGCUGCCAUCAGAGAAACCCAUCACCAGGAGGUGCCGUGGGAAAGGUGGAGCUGUACCUUUUCCGCAUGUGGGCAGACCUGGGUGAACACAGGUCCUGCGAGGACGGGACUGAGAUUGGCUGGGAUGCAAACUACUGGGAUGUUACCAGUCCCAACGCCAAAGAAACGGACCAUUCUCUUCCAUGUGACCACAGGAGAUUGAGACGAGAUACAAACCCAAGCAAUGCCACAGCGAGUGGUGUGGACUCAGUCAUUACCAGUGGAGCUGGAAGCAGUCGAGUGUUUCCUGCAGAGACCAGUUACUCAGAAAUCACAUCUCCAGCAGUGGUGAGAACCACAACACCUGAUAAAAGUUCAGCCAAUCAGGUCGCACUAAGCACCAGGGUUCAUCCAAUCACAGCUCUGCCUGCAGAACGAAGCAGAACUGCAGUUACCUGUGACAUCAGUCAAUUAUGUUCCAACAAAAGUGCUUACUACUGGAUACCCAUGAGUGUGAAAGCUGAGCAAAGCAAUAAAACAGAACAAGACCUCCGUAAUCUGGUGUCAAAAGCGUUUGAUUGUAGCAGCACCAGCAACGAGGCAGGAUUCAGCAACUUCUGUGAAGCUAACGGGCAACUUCAGGUCGUGGAAGUGACAUGCAGAGCAAAACCUGCCGCCACUAAAAGCCAGACGGUGUGCAACGUGCUGCUGUUCCUCAGCCGUGCCAUGUCAGCAUGCGACCUGCAGCAUGCUGGGAACGCCGCACUGCAGCGCGCCGGAGGAUCGCUGCAGGCAAACAUCACAGGGAAUGUGGAGAGAGUCGGAAGAACGCUGUGUGAGGACGGGUUGCCCUCUAGUGGUGACUUUGUGCGCUGCACGUCCACGUCGUCUUUGGAUGAAAUCUGUCGGUUGAACAGGACCACUAAUGUCACAUGUUCUGUCUUAGAGACAAACUCUGUGGCGACUCCACAACAGGCGCCAAACUCCUGCAGCGGGACGACUCCUCGCUUCUGCAACUGCUCUGCUUUCUGUGAAACUGAAAGCCAGCUUUAUGCUAUAAAAAUCAAAAUCACCAGUAAUACAACAGUUAUCCACCUCAAACACUUGUUAUUAAAAUCUAACAUCCUCUCAGUGUGCAUCCCGAACUUACAGGGAGUCAACUGUUCAGACAUCGUAACAAAACACACGCGCACUCAUCUGGAAUGUUACGGGGAAAUGAAUCAGAGGUUCUACAGCUGCAUGGUGGUGCUGGAAAUGUCCGGACCCGUCAAUAGCUGCUCCCUCAGUAAACUUGUGCAGCUCCUCAUUGAAAAGGAAGAGUUCAUAACGACCAAUGGCUCACUUUCUCGAAUGAUGGUGUGUGGUGGCCCUCCAGAUUUGUCUGGUCACGCCCUGUUGGCGUCCAACCUGAACUGGAGUAAAGCUGAUCUGCUUCCCUCGGAUGUUUGUCAGCCUGGCUCCACUCUAAUAAAAUGUGAAGCUAAUGAGACACUUGCUGUUCUCCUGGCGGACAGUUGCCCCCCAGAUCCUAAAACGAAAAGCACAACUCAGUCAAACAGCCUCACUUCACCAACAUCUGUGACCCACACAAUAGCAAAUGCUGAGCAAAAACAGCUGACAUGGUCUCCAAACACAAGUUUCUCUCCACCAAACAACUCAACAUUGCACAGCUUAACAUCGGCUGCCGGAUUUUCUAAGAAUACCACAGUCGACUACAAAAUAUCAACCAAUCAAGCAGUGUUUACUACUGCUAGUUUUAGUGAAACAAAAAACAACAAUGUAUCUACAACUGGUCCAAUCCACAAUCAGACAACAGCAAUUACAACAAGCCUCCUUACAUCCACUAAAACUACAACUCAACCGCUCCUUAGUUCUGCACCUUCAACUAGUGUCCUACCAUCCAGUGAAACAAAAACUUAUGGUACAACUACAUCCACUAAAACUACAAAUGAACCGCCCACCAGUUAUGUACCUUCAACUAGUGUCCUGCCAUCCAGUGAAACAAAAAGUUUUGGUACAACUACAUCCACUAAAACAACAACUCAAUCGCUCCUUAGUUCUGCACCAUCAACUAGUGUCCUACCAUCAAGUGAAACAAAAACUUAUGAUGCAACUACAUCCACUAAAACUACAACUGAUCCGCUCCUCAGUUCUGCACCUUCAACUAGUGUCCUACCAUCCAGUGAAACAAAAUCUUAUGAUGCAACUACAUCCACUAAAACUACAACUGAACUGUCCCCCAGUUAUGUACCUUCAAGCAAUGUCCUCACUGCCAAUGAAACAAAAACCUAUGGUACAACUACAUCCACUAAAACUACACCUGAACCGCCCACCAGUUAUGUGCCUUCAACCAGUGCCCUUAAAGCCAAUGAAACACAAACUCAUGGUCCAACUACAUCCACUAAAACUACAGCUAAACCACUUCUCAGUUCUGCACCUUCAACUAGUGUCCUACCAUCCAGUGAAACAGAAACGCAUGGUACAUCUACAUCCACUAAAACUACAAAUCAACCGCCCACCAGUUAUGUGCCUUCAACCAGUGCCCUUAAAGCCAAUGAAACACAAACUCAUGGUCCAACUACAUCCACUAAAACUACAACUGAAUCGCUCCUCAGUUCUGCACCUUCAACUAGUGUCCUACCAUCCAAUGAAACAAAAACUUAUGCUACAACUACAUCCACUAAAACUACAACUGAACCGCCCACCAGUUAUGUGCCUUCAACCAGUGCCCUUAAGGCCAAUGAAACACAAACUCAUGGUCCAACUACAUCCACUAAAACUACAGCUAAACCACUUCCCAGUUCUGCACCUUCAACUAGUGUCCUACCAUCCAGUGAAACACAAACUCAUGGUCCAACUACAUCCACUAAAACUACAACUGAACCGCCCACCAGUUAUGUGCCUUCAACCAGUGCCCUUAAGGCCAAUGAAACACAAACUCAUGGUACAACUACAUCCACUAAAACUACAACUGAACCGCCCACCAGUUAUGUGCCUUCAACCAGUGCCCUUAAGGCCAAUGAAACACAAACUCAUGGUCCAACUACAUCCACUAAAACUACAGCUAAACCACUUCUCAGUUCUGCACCUUCAACUAGUGUCCUACCAUCCAGUGAAACACAAACUCAUGGUCCAACUACAUCCACUAAAACUACAACUGGUCCGCCCCUCAGUUCUGUACCUUCAACUAGUGUCCUACCAUCCAAUGAAACAAAAACGUAUGGUGCAACUACAUCCACUAGACCUACAACUGAUCCGCUCCUCAGUUCUGCACCUUCAACUAGUGUCCUACCAUCCAAUGAAACAAAAACCUAUGGUGCAACUACAUCCACUAAAACUACAAAUCAACCGCCCACCAGUUAUGUGCCUUCAACCAGUGCCCUUAAACCCAAUGAAACACAAACUCAUGGUUCAACUACAUCCACUAAAACUACAACUGAUCCGCCCCUCAGUUCUGCACCUUCAACUAGUGUCCUACCAUCCAAUGAAACAAAAACUUAUGCUACAACUACAUCCACUAAAACUACCACUGAACCUCCCACCAGUUAUGUGCCUUCAACCAGUGCCCUUAAGGCCAAUGAAACACAAACUCAUGGUCCAACUACAUCCACUAAAACUACGGCUAAACCACUUCUCAGUUCUGCACCUUCAACUAGUGUCCUACCAUCCAAUGAAACAAAAACGUAUGGUGCAACUACAUCCACUAGACCUACAACUGAUCCGCUCCUCAGUUCUGCACCUUCAACUAGUGUCCUACCAUCCAAUGAAACAAAAACUUAUGCUACAACUACAUCCACUAAAACUACCACUGAACCUCCCACCAGUUAUGUGCCUUCAACCAGUGCCCUUAAGGCCAAUGAAACACAAACUCAUGGUCCAACUACAUCCACUAAAACUACGGCUAAACCACUUCUCAGUUCUGCACCUUCAACUACUGUCCUACCAUCCAGUGAAACAGAAAUGCAUGGUACAUCUACAUCGACUAGACCUACAACUGGUCCGCUCCUCAGUUCUGCACCUUCAACUAGUGUCCUACCGUCCAGUGAAACAAAAACUUAUGCUACAACUACAUCCACUAAAACUACAACUGAACCGCUCCUCAGUUCUGCACCUUCAACUAGUGUCCUACCAUCCAGUGAAACAAAAACUUAUGGUGCAACUACAUCCACUAAAACUACAACUGAACCCCCCACCAGUUAUGUGCCUUCAACUAGUGCCCUUAAAGCCAAUGAAACACAAACUCGUGGUCCAACUACAUCCACUAAAACUACAGCUAAACCACUUCUCAGUUCUGCACCUUCAACUAGUGUCCUACCAUCCAGUGAAACAGAAACGCAUGGUACAACUACAUUCACUAGACCUACAACUGAUCCGCUCCUCAGUUCUGCACCUUCAACUAGUGUCCUACCGUCCAGUGAAUCAAAAACUUAUGCUACAACUACAUCCACUAAAACUACAACUCAACCGCUCCUCAGUUCUGCACCUUCAACUAGUGUCCUACCAUCCAGUGAAACAAAAACGUAUGGUACAACUACAUUUACUAAAACUACAACUGAACCGCUCCUCAGUUCUGCACCUUCAACUAAUGUCCUACCAUCCAGUGAAACAAAAACUUACGACACAUCUAGUGUUACACCAUCCACUGGUCACUUAGCAGUGUCCAACAUAACUACACCAGAUGUCUUUACCAACGGUGGAGCAAAAAACGACAAUGAAACUACAGCAAACAAUAAAAGUACCAAAAGCAACAUAGUAGCAAAUACUACAAGUAAUACCAGUCCUCCAUCUUUUACAAACAUACAAAAUGUAACAUCUCCAACCCAUACUCCAAUAAAACUGGAGAAUGGAACUACAGAGACAAACAAUCUUUUAACAGCUGCUGUUUCAAAUUACACAAAGCCAUAUUUAACACUUAGCACCUAUGAACAAACUACUGCCUACAAUGCUACAACGCCUGGCAGAACAGAACAUCAUGUAGCAACUCCUAGCAACAAUAGCACUCUAAUUCACAAUGAUACAACACCCAGCAACAUUCCCAAAACACCAAACAGUAACACAACAUUCUAUAAUGCUACAACACUCACAGACAAUCAAACGGUGUACAAUGCCACAACACCCAGCAUCAAUCACACAACACCGUCCAAUCCUACAACAACAAGCAGCCAUAACACAAUGUUCUACAAUGCUACAACACUCACUGACAAUCAAACAACUGUAGGCAAUUCCACAUUGUCCAGCAACAUUCACACAACCUACAGGUCCACAACACCAAACAACAGUAACACAACAUUCUAUAAUGCCACAACACCAAGUAACAAUCACACAACAACCUCCAAUCCUACAACAAGCAACAAUAACACAACAACCUCCAAUCCUACAACAACAAGCAACAAUAACACAACAACCUCCAAUCCUACAACAAAAAGAAACGAUUACACAACACCCUCCAAUCCGACAACAACAAGCAACAAUAACACAACAACCUCCAAUCCUUCAACAACCAGUUACUUAAUGGAACACAAGACAACAACUAUCAACAUUCAUACAACAGACCAAACAUCCAGCAGGAGUUACUUACCAGAAAGCAAUGCUCCAACACCCAGCAGCACCUAUGCAACAGAGCACCAAGUUACAACCAGAAACAACCACGCGACAGCCUAUGAAGCUACUCAACCUAGCAUCAAUUUGACAACCUUACACAAACCAAACAUGUCAACCAACAAUUAUACAACAAAUCCGAACAUAGCAACCAUCUCCAGCAAUUUUACAAAUAUGUAUAAUACUACAGUAAGACAUGAUUUCACAACUGCACCACCCAAUAACCCAACUAGCAAAGCUGUAGCAGUACGCAACACAACUAAACAUGAUGAUUCCACCACUUUGUACACUACAACUAAGUCUUCUAUCAAUUACACAACAGCAACUGAACCACCUCAUAAGGCAACGACUUUCUUCAGCACAACUAUUGCACCAGUUGUAGAACCACAACAAAACACAACCUCUGCCAAAAGCACGACAGUUGUAGCAGCUACGACAAAAGUUACCAAUACUACACGUCCACACUUUACUACAGAAAGUAGGACUUCAGUUCCUGACAACACAAAACCAACAGAAGCUUCUUUUAUUAACCGGACUGAAAACCAGACCACAGUCAGUGUGACUCGCUUGACAACUGUACCCAAAAAUUACAGCAGCUCCACCGCAGUUGUCAGCACUGUUCAAGAGAAUAAACCAUUAAGUUACAACUCAGCGACUCCUGUCAUUGCUGCCACUGCUUCUACAACUACGACCGCUCACAAUCCAACAAAUAAAAGCACAACUACAACUAAAGAGUCUUCAUCCGCUACGCAAACAACUCUCCCGACCACCAAAACUACAACAACCACAGUGGCCAGGACGGGAACUACUUUGACAACCACUGUGAAUUCCAGUACAAGUGCGAAAAGUAAGGAGGAACAGGCAAAUCAGUUGUUGAAUCAAACAGAAGAUGUGUCUAAGCUAAACUCUUCUCAGGUGUCUAAAUUGUUGGAUGACCUGAAGGAAAUUCUGGUGGGCCCAACUGUAUCUCAAUCAGUGGGACAAAAAGUCCUUGAUGUCAUAAGCAACCUCAUAAAUGGUGACCCAGAGGUUCUGUCUGGAUCAACAAAUAGAUUGAUUCAUAUGGUCGAUAAUUUGGCUCUUAAGCUGGAAGUCGCCGACAUCGCCGUCUUGUCCUCAGCCUCUCUGGUUCUGGCAAUAAAGACAGUGGACUGGACCAACUUUCCUGAAACCUCUGUUGAGAUUUUAGACAUCAAUGAUGUACAGCUCCGACGUGUCAGGAGUUCCCGGGUCAAAAGGUCAGCUCCUGCUCUGGGCUCAGUGGACUUGCCCUCCUCCAUAACAUCAGGUCUCAGUCAUGAAGAGAAGCAACAGGCCAGCAGAGUCCAGUUCACUUUCUACAAAACAAAUUCCCUCUUUAAGGAUUCCAGUUUAGACAACCGAACGGCUGUCAGUCCAGUUCUCGGGUCCAGUGUGGCUAAUCUGUCCAUCAGCAACCUGAAGGACAACAUCACGUUUACCAUCACUCACAGCAAUUUAACUCAAGAUAACGUCACAUCAUGUGUCUUCUGGAAUUUCACAAAGAAAAACGGUUCGGGGGGCUGGGAUGACACCGGCUGCUUCGUCGUCAGCGCCACUCCUGAAUACACAACCUGCAGCUGCAAUCAUCUCACCUCCUUUGCGAUACUGCUGGAUUUAUCCAGAGAGGGAAUACCUGACCCACAGCAGGCCAUGAUAUUGACUUUCAUCACCUACAUUGGAUGUGGAAUAUCUGCGGUUUUUCUAGCCGUCACCCUGAUAACAUAUAUGUUAUUUGAAAAACUCCUCCGUGACAUUCCAGCCAAGAUCCUGGUCCAGCUCUGCUUGUCCCUCCUGCUCCUCAACCUGGUCUUUCUGCUGGACGGCUGGCUGUCCAACUACGAAAACGUCAACCUGUGCAUCAGCACUGCCUUUUUCCUGCACUACUUCCUGUUGUCCUCGUUCACGUGGGCGGGGCUUGAAGCUCUGCACAUGUACCUGAGCAUCGUGCGCGUGUUCACGCCCUACCUGAGUAAAUACAUGCUGAAGUUCUCCCUGAUGGGUUGGGGUAUCCCUCUCAUUGUGGUGGUCAUUAUUGUAGCAGUGGACAAAAACAACUAUGGUCUGGUUCCAAAUGGAAAAUACGAAGAUGGGACGUCUGACAAGUUCUGCUGGCUGCGUAACGACGUCGCCUUUUAUGUGGGCGUGGUCGCCUACUUCCUCCUCAUUUUUGUCUUGUGUCUGGUGGUCUUCAUCGUCGUCAUGGUCCAGCUGUCCCGGAUCAAGAAGCAGAACCCUCACAACCAGUCUCCCAACCGGAGUUCCAUGACCGACAUCAGAAGCAUCAUCGGCCUUGUCCUGCUGCUCGGCCUCACCUGGGGCUUCGCUCUGUUUGCCUGGGGAAAAGCCAGGCUCGCCUUUUUAUACCUGUUCACCAUAUGCAACUCUCUGCUAGGUUUGUUUGUCUUCAUUUUCCACUGUGCGGUAAAGGAAAAUGUCCGCAGGAUGUGGAGGACGUUUCUGUGUUGCGGAAAUUUGCGUCUGGCUGAGAACUCAGAAUGGAGCCGGACUGCCACACAGAACAAGUUGUCGGCUGCUACGGCUACAACAUCGGCUAAUCAACACAGCAACCGUAGCUCCUCCCUCGGCAGCAACCUCACCAACAGCAACAGCUCUGUGUUUAGCGGAAUAUCGGACUUCUCCAACAGCAACGUUGUCCUCAUUGAGUUUCGCUGGCAGAGCCAAUCUCUGCAAGGCGAACCCUGAUGGGAAGAGAUUAGUGAGGCUGGAAGCUAAUUGUAGAUGAAGUCUAAAAAAGGUUGAAUGAAGGAGGACAAUAUUUCAAAGCAGAGGAAGACUGAAAAAAGCCAACUUCUACAGGAGACCAAGACAUGUCAUUAUUUCCACAAUGAAAUUAGAUAGAUAAAUAGAUAGACAGGUGGGCAAAUAUUUAUUUUUUUAAUAAUGCAGGAAGAACAUUAGAAGAGGUAUGGCUUGUUUAUGACUGAAAAUUCUAAAUAUUUCACUGUUAGAGCUGAGACUCAAUCGUUUAACUGCAAGUAAGAUAAGUGUAAUAGGAGCCUUUUAGCAGUUUGACUGUCAUGAUGCUGCUUUGCUGUCAAUGAAUUUACAUAAUCAUAAUAAAACUGUGCCAAACUCAA